CAGUAGUGUGACAUCACAGUGAAGCUCCCGUCGAAGAAGAAAAAAAAAAGCGGAAGCUGGAAGGUGAAGAGCUCAGAUUUAGCGAGGAUUCCAGUGUGUUAUUAGUUUACUUGCUGAAAAUGAAAAUGUUGAGAGAGUUGGUGAGGAAGAGACUAAUGGCGGCAGCCGAUGAAAUAUUCCAGCUGUUUGAGAGAACGAUAGCGUCUUACGAGGAGGAACUCUCUCGAGCAAGAGAGGCGCAGGAGCGACACCGCAAACACGUUAAUAUGCUGCGUGUUGAUGACAUCCAGCAGCUGAUUAGUCAUCAAGAAGAGCGUCCCCCUCGGCCGCAAAAUGGGGGCUCUACUUUGGAGCAGGAGGAUCCGCAGCCCCCCUAUGUUAAAGAGGAAGGGGAAGAACUUUGGAUCACUCAGGAGGGAGAUGGUCUUCUCGGGUCGCAUGUGGCAGAUCUCACCAAGCUGCCGCUGACUGUUGUCUGUGUGAAGAUUGAAGACCAUGAAGAGAAAUCAGCUGAGUCGUCACAACCGGGUGAGGAGAGCAGAGGGGCGGUGCCUCCACGAAACAGCUCACUGCAACACAUGACAACAGAAGCUUACAAAGAUCGGUGUGGCGCGUCGCGGUUCACGCCAAAAUCAGAUAGUGACGACACAGCAUCAUUGUCAGACAGGGACAAUACCCAAGAGUCUUUGAGCAGCAAUACAGACUGUGAGGGUGAUAUGAGGACUCACAGCAACAAAUACUCUAAGAAAAAGACAUGUAAAAAAACUUUUACCUGCUCAGUUUGCGGGAAAAGCUUUUCUGAUAAAAGGGAUUUUGCUCGACACACGAGAACGCACACUGGGGAAAAACCUUUCUGUUGUUCAGUUUGUGGGCAGAGGUUCUCGGAGAAAUCAAACAUGGGUAAACACAUGAGAACCCACACAGGGGAGAAACCUUUUAGUUGUUCCAUUUGCGGGCAGAGAUUCGCGGAGAAGUCAAACAUUGUACCACACAUGAGAAGGCACACUGGAGAAAGACCGUUCACUUGCUCAGAAUGUGGCCAGAGGUUCUCGGAGAAGUCAAACAUGGUCAAGCACAUGAGAAGACACACGGGAGAAACGCCAUACUCCUGCUCAAUUUGCGGGAAAAAAUUUAGUCAGCAAAACGGUUUGACAGCACACAUGCGCACGCACACGGGGGAAAAACCGUUUUGUUGUUCAGUGUGCGGCGAAAGAUUCUCUCAAAAGUCAAACAUGGAGUCACACAAGAGAACGCACACGGGAGAAAGACCGUAUUCUUGCUGGUUUUGUCCGAAAACCUUCGCUCAGCAUAGCAAUUUGAUGGUUCACACGCAAAUACACAGCAGAAAAUAAAAGGUUUUCUACAUAGUUUUUGUCAAGCGUGAUUUCACUUGCAAAGAGUCACCUUGAAUGUGAUAAUCUGUAUGAUAGCUUAUUCCCACUUUGGACUAUACAGUUGUACGUCAAUGAUCGUAAAAUUGUGUCAAAUGUCUAUACUAGUGUAACAAAACUCAACUGCACGCAUUCUUUAAAAUAAA